AUGAUUAUUUACACUGUAUUAUUUGCCUUUAUACCAUUUAUUCGAUCGCAACUUACCACCCAAGAAUUAGAAGAGGAAAAUGCUCAAGAAAUAGCUAAUCGGACAUAUGUUGAGGAGCAGACUGAAUUACAACGUACUAUUCUCAGCAAAUACAACAAACGUGUACGACCCGUGUUGAAUAUAUCAGAACAGUUAGAUGUUGCUGUUCACAUAUACAUUAUGCAUGUAUCCGUUAAUCAGUUGGAACAGACGAUUACACUUAAUGGACAUAUAUAUAUGACAUGGAAAGAUGAAUAUGCUGUUUGGGAGCCAAGUGAACAUAAUGGUGUUCGAAUAACUAUGGUCAAGCAGUGGGAGAUUUGGACUCCGGAAUUAAGAAUUACAAAUAGUGUGUCUGGUGUAGGACAAUUUUUUGAAAUUUCAAGACGAUCUCAUGUUAUCAUACAUUCCAAUGGAAAUGCUUGGAGUCGAGUUGAAAUUUAUCCAACAUUUUCUAUAAAAAUUGGUUGUAAUUUUGAUUAUUCCGCAUAUCCGUUCGAUACACAAAUAUGUGCCCUUGGAAUUUAUGCAACGAAUCGAAUGAGUGAAGUUCAACUUUCUGUUUAUUACAAUAUGCAGCCUACAGUACUACUUGGUUGGGGUAAUCAAUCAAUUAAAAAACAUAUCAGUGAUUGGAUGAUCGAUUCGGUAACAAUGAAUGUUAGUUAUUUCAGUGGUGGUAAUUACAAAGCUGAAAAACCAACUGAUGCUGAAGAAUUGGAUGUUUCCUGGUCUAUCUUAUAUACAUGGUUGACCUUACACCGGAAUGCAUCAUACUUCACUUGGACAUUACUGAUACCAACAUUGAUAUCAUAUAUGUUUGUCAUUUGUUCAUUUCUUCUACCAGCGCCUGAUUCCGCCAUUUACAUUUUACUUGCUAAUUUACUUUUCCUCGGCGUAUUUCUCGAAGAUCUCACAAUAAUGAUUCCACCAGCUAUUGGAAAAUUACCCGAAAUUGGUAGUGCUUUUAUUCUUAACUCUCAAAUUGUACAUUUAGAAGAAAAGAAAGUAAUAAAUAAAGAAUGA